AUUGAGCCACUGUUGGAGGAGUAUGUAGGCGUUGAAGUUGAAAUGGAAGUGGAACCGGCAGAACAUUCCAGUUUUUCGGAGUGUGUUCCUGGUACUAGUGCUUCUUCGGGGGCAGAGGCAUUUCCAGAGUACAGCACACAGAAUGUGGACCUCUCAAUGUCUUUGACAGACUUGGAACCGGCAGCACAUUCCAGUUUCGUGGAGGGUAUGCCUGGUACCAGUGACUUAAGAACAGAUGAACCUCCAGAGUCCUCCAGCACACAAGACGUCGACCUCUCAAUGUCGUUGACAGACUUGGAACCAGCAACAUAUUCCAGUUUUGUGGAGGGUGUGCCUGGUACCAGUGCUUUCAGGACAGAGGUACCUCCAGAGUCCAGCACACAGGAUGUUGACUUGUCAGUGCCUUCGACAAGCUCGAAUCUGACGGGACAUUCCAGUCUCAUGGAUGUUUCUGACGAGGGCCCCACAAGACUGGAGGUGAGCAAAACUUUUGUGCUAGAGGAAAUUGCAUAUAAACUGCAAGUAUUGUUUUUAUUUCUUAUGACUUAAUAUUUCUCAAAAUGUUUGAUGCAGUAUCCUCUA